CACGCGUGCCGCGUCCCUCUUCUUAGAUCUCUCAAUUGGUGGCCAAUCUGAAACCCUUUCACAUCAACGCGCAGCAUUUGCAACAGGCCCGUGGUUCCCAUAGAUUCAGUACUGCGCAUAGCACCCCGGAUCAUAAAAAAGCUUGCAUGAGCAUAUGGGUACGAUAACUUGAACAUUGACAGUUCUCAACUUCUUCUUCUCCCUUCACCAUGAUUAUUUGGACCUAUCGGUUCAUCAGACGAAAGCUCGCCAAAACCAAGGAGUCAGAGAGUCGGCCAAGCUUGACUUCGCCGGAAUCACCGCCCUCUAAACCCAAGGCUAAUGCUCAACAAUGGAAAUUUAUGCUCAAGUUAACUAUUGCUCUAGCAAUACCCAUUUUCCUAGAAACAUUGGAUUAUACUGUCGUUGCGACUGCUCAAACGAAUAUCGCCUCCGUAUUUAACCGUCUAGAUCUUCAAAGUUAUAUUGGUACGCUGUACCUGUUGACCUCGACUGUUUUUCUCCCGCUUUUUGCUUCGAUUGCCGAUAUCUAUGGACGACACUUUGCUAUGCAAGCCUCACUGGUUUUCUUCAUUUUUGGAAGUGCCUUGAGUACCGGGGCUAGAAAUAUGGAGAUGAUGUUGGCUGGUCGUGCCGUCGCUGGCAUUGGUGCGGCUGGAUUGCUCACUGUUGUACGAGUAAUUUUGUCCGAUUCGGCGUCUCUCGAUGCCAACAACCGUCAGAUAGCCGUUUUAUUUCUACUGUACUCCAUAGGGUACAGCAUUGGACCCGUUAUUGGUGGCUACUUAGGGGCAGUGUCUUUCCGCUGGAUCUUUGCAAUCAACCUUCCCGCAUGUGUUCUGGCAAUAGCUCUAACAUUUUUGCUCCUGAGAAAGCAUUUGAAAAAAGGAUUCGUAGUCGAAGAUGGACUACAGGCUGGUCAAGCCCUCCCCAAUUACUUGACAAAAUUCCUAAAGGUCGAUUGGAUCGGGGCGUUCCUCUUCAUUAUUGGAGGUAUUCUCAUCCUUCUUGCUCUGAAUUGGGGCUCCACAGAAGAAUGGAAAAGUGCUAAAGUUAUCGCCUGCUUCGUCGUCGGGGGUUUGAUCUUCUUGCCUUGUAUGUUCUGGGAAUAUAUCUUAGAGCGGCGUCAAGACAAGGGAAUCGCAAUGGCAAAGACAUCUAGAAUCCUAUCCGCCUACCCUAUGAUUCCUACCGACCUCUUCAGGAGUUACGAGAUCAUCACUGUUCUCGCGGCAUCGCUCGCGGGGGGCAUGGUCAUGAUUGUCAUGUUCUACUUCGUGGCUAUUUUCAUGACGAUCGUGAACGGAUUGGAUCCUCGCCGAGCAGGUGUCCAGCUAGUGUACUUUGCGCCCGGCAGUGGCGUUGGUACGUUAAUCGCCGUUCAGAUGACGCGGUUUUUAAGACAGCCCAAGUAUCCGAUUAUCCUCGGAAGUCUUAUCAUACCCCUCUCACUUGGUCUCAUUUCUAUGGGAGUACAGGAGGGCAAGCAAACCUUAGUCAACGUAUACCUGGCCAUAUCUGGUGUAGGCUGCGGGUUGACCAUCGGUUCGCUGAACAUACACGCUCGUUUUUCACAACCGAGUGAGCGCAUUGCGAUUGUCUCGGCAUUGAUACUUUUCUCCCGGUCUCUCGGAGGAACCAUUGGACUCGCACAGUGCGGUGCUGUACUGAACGCUCGUGUUCGAGCUUAUAUCUUUCGCGCCAUCAGGGAUGGGCAAAUUUCACCGGCUGCUGCCACUGGCCUGGGUCAAUUCAGUGGAAGCAUGGGCUCCCUCCAGAGUAUCGGGCGACUUCCGCCAGGUGCACAAGAUCUAAUCAAAGAAGCCUUUCGGGAUGGUGUUCGGUGGUGUUUUAUAUCUCUGAUUCCAUGGGCUGCAAUUGCUUUCUUCCUCACCCUCUUCCUCUCCAAUAUUCCUCACCAGAAGAAGGCGAUAACGGAGGAAGACAAUGUGGAUCAAAGUAGCGGAAAACAUGAUUCUGCUGUUCAGCUUGAACCAGACGAGAAGGAGGUUAUUGGGUCGAAGGCAGUCUAGUCUCUUUAUUUAGUCAUCGACGGCGCAACCAAUUUUCCUGUUACACGAGCCAACCUAGGCAUUCUCCUCUUUUCCCAUCUUUGAGUAACGAAGGCCAUUGCACGACAAACCUAU